GAAACAACUUCCUCUGAGCUGCAGUUCCUCAUUGCAAGGCACUAUUGCCGUGUUGCACCAGAGGAAGAAAGAAAUAAAUAUGGAGGAGGAAUAAAAGUGAAGGUGAAAAGAUGGAAUCUGUGGAAGAGCUGUGAGAGGAAGGUGGAGGCCCCACCACAGGUACCCUGGGCAGAAGUGGGGAGAAGCUUCCGGAAGGUGGCGGCAGGUCUGGGCUGCCUCAGGCACCCACCAAGGGCCUCCCCCUGGGGAGGGGGGCACCCCAGGCCCAGCUCCCUGUUGUCCCCAGCAUGUGGGACCCUCUCUGGUCCCCUUUCUGUGUGACCACUGUGCUCUUGUGCUUCCAGCUGGCUGAGAGUGGCCAUGGCAACAGCACCAGAGCAGGAGGCCUGGCUGUCGCUGUGGGCCCGGAGCUGACCCUCAUGGAGGGCGGGAUGGCGGCCAGCCCUGCUCCCGGCAGUGCCCAAGCAGAUUCCUCAGCCCUCAGCCCCCAGUGCCACAGAGCUGAGGUCCCUCAUGCUUGGCAAGGUGGGCACAAGGCCACCACCAAGGCACAAGGCUUCAGGGAUGUGGCACCAGGUGAUAAGGAGGUCGAGGGAGGGUUCAUGGUGGCCUUCGUCAUGGAGGUAGGUGCCAAGCUUCAGAGGAAAAUGGGACAGACAGGGCAAGGGGCUGUUAUCCUCCAAGAUAAACGCUGCUUCUGGAACAAUGCUGGUGGGAGCUCUGGCUGUUGUGCCUGCAGGUGCUUCACUUGCUAUCCAGACCUUUAUUACAGCCUGAUCCUGCCCGUCUGCAAGGUCACCAGCUUCCUGGUCACCAUGUUAACAGGCAUCCAGAUUCUUGCAAGAUGCGUGAAGAGGUACCGAAGCUGGAGGUGGAACAAACACCAGAGCAAAGGACAACAUCCAGAGAUCCCCCCCAGCAAGGUCUGGGGGGCCAUCCACCACCAUCAGUGUGCCAUCUGUCUGCAGGCGUACAAGCCCCGUGAGGCCCUGAAGCUGCUCUCCUGCACCCACGCCUACCAUGGCAAGUGCAUCGACCUGUGGCACUGCGCUCAGCCCGGGAGCAAGACAUGUCCCCUCUGCUUGCGCAGUGUGACCGCGGUAGCGCUGAUCCCCCUCCAUGCACACAACAGUGAGUAGAAAUAACCCAGGAAGGCUCAUCCAAACUGCCCCCUGGAAAAUCAAGCCCCCCCAUACACUCUCCUACUGUCUUCCACCCCCCUCCUUGCAACUCAAACUCCAGCCAAUGCCUCUCGGGAAGCAUAAACACAGCACUGGAUUAUAAACAAUCGGAAAUGCGCAGGUAGGGAAUAAAGACUGAAAGGACAAAUGAAGUAUUGAGCGCAUAUCCUUGGCUCUGCCUGGUUUGGAUGGACUUCAGUCUAGAAGAUUUGUGAGGUCCACAACCGCAGAACAGAAGCAGCAGCACACACUAGCUCUUGCCAAGCCCGUGGAUGGCCUGACUUGAGGUUCCUCCUUCCACUCUGUUUCUGAAGCUCUCACUCCUAAAAGCCUGCACAAACAGGUUUAUUCCAACGAAGGGUCCAAUUACUGCAAUUAACAGGUAACUUUUAGCACUAAGCCUAGGUUGAUGAAACAAGCACUCUACAUUCCUUUUUUUUUUUUUUCCCCCAACCAUAUAGUUUAAAAAGAACAAAAAGCUGCUAAAUGGAGAGGAUGUUUUUGCUUUAUGUCCAAGAUUUUCAGGGCAUUUUGCCAAAAGUAGAAAAGGCAAGAUGAUAUUGCCGGCACCAGUAUCUAAUAAAGAUGAUGUCUCCCUCCGUUGCAAGGCAAACAGCUGGAACUAGAAUCCAUUUCCAGACAUGGGUACCGAGUUGCAAUGGCCCAGAUUUGCUCAACUGCCUUUUUUAAUUGUGAGCAUUAGCCGAUUAUGGGUACUUUUGUAGCAGGUCCAUAAAUCACUGCCUUAUAAUCUUCUGUAUGCAUUAGGGCCCAGAUUAUCAUGCUUGUACUAGGUAAUAACACAGAGGAGAGAUUGCCUGGACCCCUGGGAAAUCCAGGAGAGACACCUGGCAGAGCACAAGAGCACACGACGCUGAGACACGUGUAGGGAAUGGCGCACACAAGCAGGGCUUGCAGAGCUCCCGCAAACCUGCUCUCCAUUCCUCUCCCACUUCCCUUCUCACACAGAAGCAGCAAACAGCAAGGCACAAAAACUUUCCCCACACACGACUCCAUUUCUCAUCUACCUAACAAUGUUUUGGGUGGUGACUCUGUUUCAGCUAUCUAUUCAGUAAAGACAUGGGUCAUUCUUUCCUUUGAUCCUAGAUGAAAGGAGGUGGUUACAUGCACCAGUUUCUAAAUCAGCUCCUAGCAAAAAAAAAAAAAAAAAAUCAUUAACUACAGGGUGCAAGUCUGCCUUCCAGCCAGCUUGCCGCAGAGCUGGGGGCUUGCUCAGUCAGCAGGAGGGUGGAAGCGUGUCCCACAUAUCUUUCUUUAAAAAAGAACUGGGAGCACUGGGAGCAGAAAGGUUUUCACUGGAAGGUCACUAGAUGGCCCCAGAUCUUCCUUCACAGCAAAUCACUGGCAUUUCACUCCAUGAGCCUGGUCCUCUCUAAUCCUAUAGCACGACCCCAGAGGAGCAGCAUGCCCUGAUAAGAAGGGCACCGAGCUAGAACCAGGGAUACCUGCCAAGAUGUCUUGAGCCCUGCAUUUAACCCCACAAUGGCUUUUUGUGCUCCUGGCCUUUGGCUGUUCAGGGCAGCGAGCGUCUGCUGUUUUGUCUGUACAAUGCCACUGCCUGUGGACCUGAGAGACAGACCUAAUACAGAUAAAGGACAAGAAGCCUGAUUAUGUACAAACUCACAUCAUAGCACUGCCAGGCUGCUCUUUUCAUGCUGCAAAAACCUCAGAAAAAAAAAUCUAGACUUAUUCUCCAAGUUAAAUCAAUGCUGGAUCAGGCACCUGUAAUGAAUCUUUUGUUGGAAUUGUAACGAUGUCCACAUCAGUCAGUCUUCUUGGCAUCUCUGUUACAGUUUAAGCUAUUUGGGCAGGACAAGGGUUAGAUUGUGCUAGCAGUUAUGUGGGGUCUAAAUCAACACCAAAUUCCUACGGAUUUAGCAAACCUUUUUUCCGUGGAGUACAAGCAAAAAGAGGAGAUAGUUUUAGAUCCCUAUUCCUGCAUGAAGGCAUAGCCCCAAAGAAGGAGCAUAAAAGAACAUGGGGUCUUCAGGAGGGGUGGUGUAAGUGACGAGUUAACAGAGGUAAAUGGUCUUUUCCUUUCUUCUAGCUUGGAUCUUUGUUCAAGUGGUAAAAUGGGACCCGUUCCCUGUAAUUGCUCUGCUCUUGCACACAACUGUCGUCUCCCACGUGUGGCUUGUUGACAUUUAAAUAAAUUGCAAUUAUUCUGACAAAGUAGAUUGCAGGGACUCCAGAGGAAAUGGGUCAAGAAUAUAUCCAGGAGCAUCUGCAAUGUAUUUAACAGAUGAACGUUACAGGGGUAGGGCACAACGAGAAGGAGAGUUCAGUGCUGGCUGUAAUGAAUGCAGCAUGGGGCUGGAGAGGCCUGCAGGACAGCCUGGCACAGUCCCACACACGUGUGGGAAGCGCAGCUCAACCUCAGCCAGCAGGAGCCAAAGCCUCCAGGGCACUGGUGAUGAAGGAGGCAGGCAGCAGCGAUGCAAACAGACAGCACAGGGGGGAACCACAGAGGAUAGGGCACCACUUUGGCCCUUGGAUUGAACGCCAUCUUGGCCUAAGUUUUUCCUGAAGCCCUCCUCGCUAAUCUUGUCUGUAUCCUGUUCCCCUCUUUGUCACUGUCCAGCCUCUUCAAGAGGAUCUGUACUUUUACCCACAGCUCACUUUGGGGUAAUGCUACGCGUUACUGAGAUCCAGGCUGGACACUAACACCUGAUUUCUCCUUCUAUCCAAGGGCUUGGUGAGGGAGCCAGGAUGGCUGCUCAUGCCUUGCUGAUACAGGAUAUAAGAAAUGGCGCUAGAGCAGCCAGAAGAUAACAGUACACAGCCAGAGCUGAAGAUAGUACAGCAUAGCAUCUGCACAGAAAACAACAGGAAUCCUUCCUUAGUCCCACAUCUGUCAGAGCUCAAGUACAGAUGCAUGGCUCCUUGUCCAACCCCACAGACAGACCUGCCCCUAAGUCAGGCAGCAGUGACUGGCAGUACAUAAAGCUUCGAUCUGGAGGCAAAAAUAGAGAGCUGAGUGCAAGUAAAGAAACGAGGGUGAUGGAUGCCAUCACAGGGACUGUAAGGCCAAGCCAAAAAUGAACCCUCAAAAAGUUCUCCCGGUGUAACUCCAUUUCCUUCAUCUCAUUGUGCUUCAGAGUCUUUGGCUUCAACCCCUUCCCCAAACCUUUCCCUUGUUUUUAAAUGCAACAAAAUGCCUCCCUGUGAGUGUAAAACUCUUUAGAUGAGGGGAAAAUAAAAUCAAUUUGAAAUCACAGCUGCUGGGAGUCUCUGGCACACACACACACUGUCUGCUGACAUUUUCUGUAGCUCUUUUCCCGGUGAAAUCUGUCUCAAGCAGAGCCCAAGGGGGCUAGUAACAAGUCAGUUACCUAGUACACAAUUUUUAUUUUUUUUUUUUUAAACUUUGGGUCCAACACAACUGCAAUGGGAACCACGGGGCUACUCCCAAGUGGACUGUUAAACAAAAAGGGUUGUUUGUUAAAAGGUACAGGUUUUUAGGGAUUUGUGGUUCAGAACUGACCUGGGUUCACUGCAUAUUCACUGCUAGUUUGCUCUGACAACCAGGAGAGCUAUUGCCUCCCCAUCAGGCUGGUGUUCCUCUGGGCACAGAGCACUCACCAUUGGAGGUGGGAAUUGCCUGAAAGAUGAGAGCUGCAUUGUCACUCCGGGAGGAACGGACAACACUUGUCCUCAUGCCUUGCAAUCCCCUUUUCAGCUAUUUCACCAUCACUCAAAUUUUAAAUCUGUAUUUAUAGCUAGAAGCUAAAGUCUUCCUUCAGUCAUUUGAUUCCUGCAGGUGAGAUUUUAAAGUGAAUAAGGUAAAAGCUCAAGCACAAGAUCGCAGUCCUCCCAGGCUCACCCAGCUCAACAGGAGUCCUGCGAGCUCAGCCCCAGCAAACCUGGCUGCUCAUCAGGUCCCUUGAAGGUGGAUCCGCUCUCAUAAAAGUUUGGCUAAUGGCAGAGAGUGAGGCCACAGAGAUUUUCAACUUCUGCUAGCAGCAAUUUUUGACUGACAGUUAAUGAUUGACUUAUUUCAAAUGGGAAAAAAAAAAAACUUCUACCCUAAGCAAUUUAUUUGGUUUGGUGUCGGUUCAAAGAUUAUGAUUUUCAGGAAAAAGAACACGUUCAGCAGACCAAUUUGAGCUGCCACGUGCACCUCCAGCGGCAGAUGGUGGCCAAGCCUAACAGCUCGCUCCCACUCUGCUGGGUUUUCCAGACACUGCUUGGCCACCAGCACAAAGCAUCCCAGUCUGCAAUGGGCACGGUGCUGGUGGGGAGGCUCAUUCAUUCUACCUGCAUAUCAACCAGAUGAGAGCAACCAGCAUCCUAUCUGUACUCAGAGGGAGAUAAAACCAGAAGCCACAUGCAUGGAGCAGAUCAAAAAGGAAGGGGAAAGAGUGGUUUAAGCACAGUGGCAGUAAUGCCACGUCUCCCUGGCAUGGAACACAGCGACCAGGUGAUGUCACAGACCUGCAGAUAUGAUGUAAGGGUGUUGCUUAGCAGCUGAAGACAGCAGAAGAGAGACGAGUUGUAUCCCGGGAACCUCCAAACCUAAGGAGAACCUGCAGAAACUGUUUCAUCUCCACCCUGCUGUGGCUCCAAGUCAUGGCACAGUGAUAACAGCCAGCUGGGAUAAUUCUUCUGUGACUGUCUCUCACAAUUUUCCUUUGGGACUAGCCUGGAAAUCUGUUUUCAGAGCUACCCAACUGCAUUCAACAUGAGCCUUCAGCUCCAGCUCCUUUACUUUGUGGUUGCCACCUUCCUCCACGAGGUUGCUGUUGCAGAAGCCUUUGGCCAUGUGGCUUACAAUGGCAGCUCCAAGUGCGUUGUGUACAAAGCCCUGCCCGCAUGCUUUGGGCCACAGCUCCCGGCAGAAGGGCUGACAGGGUACCUGAUGAGGGCGAUACCACCAAAUGCUUGCCACGCCAUAGAGAAUCCUCCAGCACCAAGGAAGGCCUCAGAGAAAUACAUUGCGCUCAUCCAGGGGUGCGGCUGCUCCUUUGCUGAGAAGGUCCUUCACGCCCAGCAGGCUGGCUACCAAGCUGCUGUUGUGUACAACGUGGAUUCGGAGCAAAUGAUCACCAUGACAUCUGACGACAAAGAAAUCCAGCAGCAGAUUGAAAUACCUUCACUCUUCACCGGAGAAUCUGUCUCCCUUCACAUGGAAAAGACUUCGCAAUGUGAGAAAGGGGCAUACAUCAGACUUCUACCACCCAAAUACUAUUUCGCUCCUUAUCAAGGCAAUGCUAAAAUGCUGCAGGACACUCGCAUCAUGCGGGACAUGUUCUACAUCAUUAUCACCACUAUCUCAAUUAUGGUUGGCAUAAGGUGGUGCAAGAAGGCUCAUAAGAUAAAGCUGUAUACAUACAAGCGGGGAGACAAGCACGAGAGCUGUGUGAUCUGCAUGUCAGAGUACAAGGAAGGGGACCUCCUGAAGAUCCUGUCCUGUUCCCACGCUUAUCACUGCAGCUGCAUUGACACCUGGCUCCACACCCAGCCCGGGAAGAAGACAUGUCCCUUCUGCAAGCAGCCCGUGAACACCCACGGGCAAGGUGAGCUCCUGCUAGAACAGGCUCACGAGGAUGUGAAUGAGGAGGAAGAGGAGGAGGAGCAGGGCCAAGAAUAUGAUGCGUUCAGAGAAGCGUAUGAAGAUGACGAAUAUGGAGAUGGGGAGCAAGAUAAUGCAAACUCAGUGGAAGGGGAGUGCUUUGAUUCUCUGGAGAACAGCACCAUUUGAGCUGUGAGUUGGAUAAGUUAUCAUUAAACCAAGCAAAACUUCCCCUGUGCUUUCCCUCAGCUCCUGCUCCAGGCUAGCUUUUACUGGGAAGCAAGCAAUGAACACUGCAGUUUUGGCUCCCUUCCCCGGGUCCCCCACCACAACAAGGCAUAAAAUCCCAGCUGGAAAUAUCAAAAAUUCCUUAAGCCAGGGCAACAGGGGAGAAGCAGGGAUUUAAGAACAUUAGGUAUGGGAGCUGGCUUAUGUCUGCUAGGAAGCUUCCUCAAUUCCCUCCCCAAAUACCUGUGCAUGGAUACACAAGCACACACACACAGAAUCUUGCUCUGAGUGUUGCCCAAAAAUCCCAGGUGAGAACCAUCCCGUGUAUUGCAGAGAG